AUGAAUAAUCUGGAUCUUAUUGUAUAUGAUGCUUAUAAUGCACGUCUUGAUUGUGAAGAAGGCGAGAGGGAUCUAGAAAUGGGAGUCAGCUCGGGCCCAAGCCAUGCCCUUUAUGCUGACCCACCAUUGUUGUCGCCGUCGCCGUCACCGAGAGCGCCGGCACUCGUUGUCUCCUAUUCUGGAAAGUCGCUCGGACCUUCCUAUUCGGGAAAAUCGUUAGUAGUAUCGAAUUCCGGAAAAGCAUUGGUGGUGUCGAAUUCCGGGAAAAGAAUGGACCAAUCGGGCAAAAAAAAGUACGUGAAGCAGGUGACGGGGCGGCACAACGACACCGAGCUGCAUUUAGCGGCGCAGCGGGGCGACGUGACGGCGGUGAGGCAGAUUUUGGAGGAGAUUAAUUCGCAGAUGGUGAGGACAUUGAGUGGGGUUGAGUUUGAUGCGGAGGUUGGGGAGAUAAGGGAAUCAGUGGUGAAUGAGGUGAAUGAGUUGGGUGAAACGGCGUUGUUCACUGCGGCGGAGAGAGGGCACAUUGAUGUGGUGAAGGAAUUGUUGCCGUAUACGACUAAAGAGGGGAUUUCGUUGAAGAAUCGAUCUGGGUUUGAUCCGUUGCAUGUUGCUGCUAGUCAGGGUCAUCAAGCCAUUGUGCAGAUACUGUUGGAGCAUGACCCAGAGUUGAGCAAAACUAUUGGCCAAUCAAAUUCAACUCCUCUUGUAUCUGCAGCUACAAGAGGGCAUGUAGCAGUGGUCAAUGAAUUACUUUCGAAAGAUUCUAGCUUGUUAGAGAUAUCCAGAUCCAAUGGAAAGAAUGCAUUACAUCUGGCUUCCCGGCAAGGGCAUGUGGAUAUUGUCAAAGCAUUGCUUGAAAAAGAUCCACAACUGGCAAGAAGAACUGAUAAGAAAGGACAGACUGCAUUGCAUAUGGCUGUUAAAGGUGUUAGCUGUGAAGUGGUGAAGUUGCUUCUUCAGGCAGAUGCAGCUAUUGUGAUGCUUCCAGACAAGUUUGGAAGCACCGCAUUGCAUGUAGCCACACGGAAAAAGCGGGCAGAGAUAGUUAAUGAGCUGCUACUCCUCCGAGAUACCAAUGUCAAUGCACUAACGAGAGACCACAAAACAGCCCUUGACAUUGCAGAAGGACUCCCUCUAUCGGAAGAAACUGCAGAAAUAAAGGACUGCUUAAGUCGUUACGGUGGCAUCAGAGCUAAUGAACUGAACCAACCAAGGGAUGAGCUUAGGAAAACAGUUACAGAAAUCAGGAAAGAUGUCCACACCCAGCUUGAACAAACCCGAAAAACCAAUCAGAAUGUAAAUGGAAUUGCAAAAGAGCUCCGAAAGCUCCACAGGGAAGGAAUCAAUAAUGCAACAAACUCGGUCACUGUUGUGGCUGUGCUCUUUGCGACUGUUGCAUUUGCAGCUAUGUUCACAGUUCCCGGAGGUGAUGAUGACUCUGGGAUGGCUGUGAUGGUGAGCAGUCCAUCUUUCAAGGUCUUCUUCCUCUCCAAUGCAGUUGCACUCUUCACAUCAUUGGCAGUUGUGGUGGUACAGAUAACAGUGGUCAGGGGGGAGACAAAAUCUGAGAGAAGGGUUGUGGAGGUAAUUAAUAAGUUAAUGUGGUUGGCCUCCGUUUGCACUACAGUGGCCUUUAUAUCUUCGUCCUAUAUAGUGGUUGGUCGACACCAUAGGUGGGCAGCUAUUUUUGUGACUGUUAUUGGAGGGGUUAUAAUGGCGGGUGUCCUUGGUUCCAUGACUUAUUAUGUGGUAAAAUCUCGAAAGAUUCGCAGAGUGAGGAAGAGAGAGAAGUAUUCAAGGGGUGGUGGAAACAAUUCAUGGCAUCACUCAGAUUAUUCUGAUACAGAAGUGAACCCAAUUUAUGCCAUCUGAUGUAAUCCCUUGAUUGGAUCAGUAUCCAUCCUGCAGUUCCUUUGGUGUUCUACCUGUACAAAUUUGCCCCCCUUCCCCCCUAAAAAAAUGACAAACAGGAUUCGUGUUGUAACAGGUUCUGCGCUGUGAAUAUUCGAGCUGCUAGUGAUUAAUUUUGUAUAUAGAUGGCUCUUGGAACUGACUGAAUUUUGAUUUGUUG